CAGCAGAUAACGGAGCCGAACAGAGAGCGAGAGAGAGAGAGAGAGAAGUGCGUGUGUUGUGUUGUGCGCCACCCGAAACGGCUUCUUUUUUUUUAUUUUCACCGGUUUUCUCAUUUUUUUCGUCUGUUGAUUCGCGCAACUAUCUAGAGAUAUAUGUGAGACAAAAAUGUCGAGGAUCGACGAAAGAAAAUGACGAAUGUGCUUCGCUGUGACGAUCUGAGUUGUGUUGAGUUUAAUUUUUGAUAUAUACUACUCGGAAGAAAAGAACGUGAAAAAGGAAAGAAAGAAAAUAAUAGAAAAAGAAGAGCGUACGAAGAAAAUAGAUUGAGACAGUUGGAAUCAUGAUAUGGAAGUUAAACCAAUACAACGAAUUCCAAUAAACCGAGCCGAGGCGCAAAAUGAGAAUUCGUUAACUAUUAGGCUUCUCUAUCUCUCUCGUUAUUGUCGGGACUCUCAACAUGUUAAUCGUGGCAAAUAUCCGGGAUAUUGAUGAAAUAUAUCGCAGCAAGGGAUUCCGCGUCGUGUCGCGUCGCGAGCCAAGCGCGGAGAUGCAGCGCUGCCCGUAUCUGAGCGAGAUGAAGGAGCGCCUGCUGUCGCAGCCAACGCCGAACGACAGCCUCGACAACGAGACGACGACGGCCAACGUCACGACGCUCGCCAACAAUAAAGACAGCUCCAGUAUCGCCUCGGCGACAGCCGCCAUGCAAAACAAUAGUCGCAAGAAUUCCGUCAAAGCCAACAGUAACGGACCGGGUGGAAUACCCGAGCCGCCGGAAAUGCCGCCCGACUCGCUCAUCGGUACCGUCGUCAAGUUGAAUUCGGACGGCUACGGAUCACACACGUCGCCGGCGCACGCCAGGCAGCCGCUCGUGCCUCAGAACUCCAACAAUCAGCAUCUCUCGCUCGUGCCAAUGCAUUUGGCACGGAGAAACAGCAAUGUACCAAAAAAUGCAAAAACGUCCCUGUUCAUAAUCAUGAGCUUCAUCUACGCCAAGCUGCUGGUGGUCGUGUGCGUGGCCUACGUGAUGAGCGAGGUCGUGACGCACCGGCUGCCGCUCUGGUACUACGAGGGCUUCUUCACCUAUCUCUACGGCGUGAGCAUACUGUUCCUGCUCUACGUGUUCUGCUUCCUGCUGCAGGAGAGCGCCUGCUGCUCCAAGGGAGCCGAGACGCCGCCCGCGCCCAAGCCAGUGAAGGAGAAAAAGGAGAAGAAGGAGAAGAAGGAGAAGAAAGACAAGAAGGACAAGAAGGACAAGGAUAAGGACAAGGAUAAGGACAAGGACAAGGAUAAGAAGGAUAAGAAGGAGUUCCAGGACGCCUCGGACGUCGAGGCCGGAGUGGCCCGCGCCGUGCGAAGACGCAAAACGUCGCAGGAUGACAAUUCCCACGGUAGCUUUUUCCUGCGCAUCGGCGCCAUUGCUUUCGGUCUGGGCACAAUGGUCUACGCUGGCCUGGAGUUCGGCACGUUCUUCGAGGUGCCGCAAACGUCGCCCUGCUAUCAGAUCCUCCAAGGCGUUAAUCCCCUUCUACAGAUGAUAUUCACAUUCAUGCAAAUGUACUUUAUCUUCAUGAAUUCUAGGUUGAACAUUCAUCGAUUUAAAGUCAUCGCUCGAUUCGGCUUGAUGCACGUCGUCGCCACGAAUAUCUGCGUGUGGAUUCGCUCCCUCGUUCUCGAGAUGCUCAAAGAGAUCUCGCUGUACCAUCGCAAUCAAGGCCGCGCCGAAGCCGGAAUCUUAGCGAGCAUAAGGGACCACACACUACGUCACGCUGGCUCAUUCCUAGGUGAGUCGGCGCGCAAUCCCGGCGGCAGCAAUAUGCGCUACUCCACGUCGGGACCGAAGUGGGCGCGCGACAUCGCCAGCACGGCUCUGCCCGCGGGCGGUCUUCAGGGACUCGCCCGCACCACCGUGCAGCCCAUGGCCCGAGCCGUCACCCUGGGCUCGAGCGCCAAUCCGGCCGAGUGGGCGGCCGCCACCGCCUCGUCGACGGGCAUGCCCUCGAGCACGGCCGCCGCGAUGAUCAGCAGCAGCAGCUCCAUGGCUGGAGAGACUAGCGCCACCUACGCGCCGUCUACCUUGUCGACCUUCCUGACGAGCCUCAUGCCCGGCCAGAGGGACGCGAUCUCCACGUCGACCGUCGACGCCAUCACGACCUCGGCCGGCGCCUUCUACGCCACGGACUCGGUCCUCGACGCGGCUGGCGCUGCCGCGGAUGCCGACGGCCAAGCCAAGAACAAUAUCGCCCGCUUCCUGGAGACGGCCAACGCGACGGCCAGCAACUUCAGCAGCGGCGCCGCUGCCAUGCUGAGCAGCAGCCCCCUGUGGAAUCCCAGCCACAACGCCUACGCCGAGGCGUUGACGGCCAACGACGGCAGCCUCAUGGGCGGCAACAACAGCUGCGGCCGCAUCAACAUCAUGGGCACCAUCGUCAAGGACUCGGCGCCCUAUCUGUUCCCCUUCAUCAUCGAGUACAGUCUGAUCGGCGCCGCGGUCAUCUACAUUAUGUGGAAGCACAUCGGACGUCAUCCGCGCUACACCCAGGCCGAGGCCGAUCUCGAGCGCCGACUGGAGGCCAUGCUCUCGAGGCGGGCCGUUGCCCUUGCCAAUGCAGGUCAAGGUCGCGUCGACUGCGUGGGUGCUAGCAAGGGCCUGUUCUUCGGCCUGCUGCUCCUCGUCGGCUCGCUCAUCUGCCUCAUCCUGUUCUUCGUGCUGAUCCACCAUCCCGAUCUGGGCCUGAUCGCCAUCUACCUCGCGGACGUCUCGCACUGCGCCAUCAUGGCCCUGUCGAUCCUCGCCAUCUGCAUCGGCUUCUGUCGGGUGCGACACCUCAAGUUCAAGGCCGAGGAGCAGAGCGACCUCAACGACAUACUGCUGCGCGUCUCAGCCUUCGGCCUCUUCAUCUACGCCACCUUCUCGGUGAUCUCCGGCUCGCUGGCCGCCUUCACCCAUGAGCCCAAUCUGCUCGUCAUGGUCACGGGCCUGCUGGCCGUGCUCCAGGUGAUCCUGCAGCUGCUCUUCAUUGCCGACGUGUCGCGCCGGCGCGUCCACCUGCCCGAGCACGACCGCAGCAAGCCCGGCCGCCAGAUCGUCACCUUCCUGCUCAUCUGCAACGUCGCCAUGUGGGUCAUCUACACGUUCGAGGUGCAGAAGGUCCAGAAGAACCCCGUGCAGAUCGACUUCUACGGCUUCCUGCCCUGGUCGAUCGUGCAGAGGGUCACGGUGCCGCUCUGCAUCUUCCAUAGGUUCCACAGCGCUGUUACGCUUGCCGAGAUCUGGAAGACCAGCUACAAGGCGCGCCUCGAUUAAGGCGCUUGAUCGCGACACACAACAACAACGUCCAUCGAGAGAGAUUACCAAUAGAGAUAAACCAAUCAGACGACCAUGAUGAUGAAACGAGAGGACACGAGAAUAUGAUAAGGCCCACAUGAUUCAUCGAGAGGGUGCCUGAACGAGAUUGAAUGCUGUAGACGAUAUUAAAACGAACUCGUUGCCAAAAGCGAAGACACUUUCGUUCAUCGAUUAUUGCGUAGGAGUGAACUUUGUUUGUUAGACCGCAUGCUAUAACGAAUGCUUUGAAUAUUAAUUGAAUGAAAAAUAAAAAUUGUAACGGCGAACGAUGAACGAAUUGUAGUAUGAAGCGCGUGGCAACGAACCACGAACUCGUCUCUUUCGUCGCUUAAUCUAUGAGACCAUUAUUAGAAAUAUAUUACACACGUAUAUGAGUUUAGGUGGAUGAAAAAACAAUUCGACUUUAACACGCGAAUAUGGUUAAUCCCUACCCCUUCCCGCGAUAUCUUGCGUUACCAUAUACGCGCAUGUAUUACCGUUUACUGCUGUACUGACCACGAACGAUACACGCAAACGACGAACGAAACGAAAUGACAGCGCGAGCAAUUCGAGAAUUGCGAAUUUAUGACCAAACGAACGAUCGGACGCAACUGACAAACAUUACGAAGUACACACGCACGUACCAAACUGAUUUUUAAUAAUUUUUAACCCGUUUUUAAUGCGAGUAUAAACUCGCAGACGUACACACACACGCUCACAUACGUACAUAAACCAACAUAAACACAAAUACGUAUAUGGCUUCUCAACGAUACGAUUAUCGCAUUUUCUACUUUUAUAUAUCGUGAACCAUCGUUUGACGCGUCGCUCGUGCCUCUCGGUGCACGAUUGAUUCCUCUGUACGAACUGAUCAAUGAUUAUACACAUGAUGUAGCGACGACGUUGACGAUGAGUCUCUAUAGCUGACACGGGUUCGAUCAAAAGAGAAAAAAAAUUUCAAUCAAAUCGGACUCGAGUCACGCUCGUGAAUUCUUAGUGAUGUAGAGAAUCUAUAGCGUAUAGUUCAAUCGAAUUUAAAUAAAAAAAACAUUCUCCGAUGCAUUUAUACGAACUCCGAAAUAAAACUUAAUCAAUUUGAAGGAGUUUUAAAAAAAAUAACGGAAGAGACGUAGUCUCCAGAGUUCCAGAGUUUAACGUUGUUGGUUAAAAACCGGAUAAAGUCGAGUAUUCAAUGGGAGCAGAAACAAUUACUUUGUAGACAAUUUUAACUCGUGGAUCAUAGACUCUAAACUAUAAGAAUACUUAAAGUGAUGAUACAAUUGCCAAAGAAUAACAAAAAAAAGGAAAGCGGACGAAAUUAACGAUAAACAAAAAAAAGUAACUAAACGCACAUCUUUCUUUCUUUCCAUUCUCGAACAAGUCUGUGUGUUCAACAAAAUCGGCUCAAUCAGUUCGAUUAAUCAUUGAAACGUUUAAAAAAGUACAAAAUUUAUUCGUGAUUUUCAAAAGUAUAAUUAAAAUAUAAAUAAAUAUUUCGACUGAAUCGCGAGAUUAUUAGUACCGUUUAACGCUAAAAGUAUGCUCAUCUUUGUUUCACAUUAGAAACGCUAAAAUCAUCAAUCGAUUAAAAAAAAAGUAAUGGCAUAAAAAUAAAGUGGACGUCAUUUUAAAUUGGCAAAGCCGAAAAUGCGUCAAAUAGAGUGCAGUAACCAGGUCAUUUGGGUCCGAUAAAUAAAGUAAAAUGAAACGAGUAAUAAUUGUAGUUAGCCAUCUCUUAGAUGUAUCUGCAAUUUUCAUGCGGCUCAAAUGAAUUAGGCGAUGAAUUGCAUUAAUUAAUAGAUAUCGUAGUAAACUUAACGAAACGAUCAUAGAAACGAAGAAAUGAUUCAUUCAUUAACGAGUAUGAUAUAAAAGCGUAACGCAUGAAAGAAAAAAAAACAAAAAAAAGUAAACAAGCUAUUUCAGUAAACUUCUAAAAGAAGUAUAAAAGUAAUGUCGCUAUUGAUUAGUGUCUAAGGCCAAAACUUGUAAAGGCCGCAUGCAAGAAUGAUUAUAAGGAAAAGAAGAGAUAAAUCAAGCAAAUUGUGUAUUAUUAAACGUCGCUGAUUUUAUGCUGGUGAUAUUAAGAAUAAUUACAAGCGAUAAUCUUUGACAUAUGUUGUAGAAAAAAGUGUAAUAGCGAACCCCUAGCUCCUUUCUGUGCAGACAUAAACAGGAUACGUUCAUAGAUAUUAAGACUUGAAAAACGCAUACGAUAAAACAUUCUCUUUCUGAUCAUCCACGUACACUCCAUCCUAUUAUAAUAGCUUUCGAAAUUUACGUACUUAAAAUUAAAAAAAAUCAAUCAUCACAUUUAGAAACUGAAAAGCGAAAAAAGCAUGCAUCAAGUACAUAAAUAAAUAUAAAUAUAUGUUAUAAAUGAAAACGUAACGUAGACGAUAAGAUUGAACAGAGCGUUAUUAAGACGUUAUUAAGGAAGGAUUAUUAUGUGCUGGAAUCGUAAGCAAAGAGAAGGAAAACACCAUGACGACGAUAAAAUAAAACAUUAAUAGCUUCAUACGAACAUUAUACAUAUUAAAGUACAUACAUACAUUUGACAUAACAUUGACGGUGACAAUGAUAAUGUUGAAAGGAAAUAUAUAAAUAAAUAUAUAUACAUAAAUUAAGAUUAUGAUCAUGUGAACAUAUGAUUGUAUCGAUUUGAUUUUAAGCGAAUGAAUGUGGGAGCGAGUGUUAAAUGAAAAUUAGUUACAGCGAUGUAAAUAUCAGUGAGUCGUACGAAUAAGUAUACAAAUGAGUAUGUUUGCAAGCAACGAUGCAUUUAAUUCGUGAAAUAUGAAAAAAAAUGAAAAUAUAUUUGUUCGAUUAUUUGUGUAUCAAUCGCUUGAGCGCUGCGUAGUUUAAGAUUCACAUUUACGUUGUUCAAACAUUGUAUUUACUCAUUAUAAUUAUUAUCAUUAUUAUUACUGUAUAUUUACUAAUAAAAAGUGGGAAAGUCGCUUUGAAUAGUUUGAAAAAGCGUAUAAUUAUGUUUAAUAAAGACAGGACUUAGCAAAAAUGAACAAUUAUUUCAAAGCCGAGAUUUUGUAUAAUCAUGCAAGCUUUAUAUUACGGUACAAUUCGUUAUCUAGAAAUUUUACGGAAAAAACGAGGAGUGACAGAAUAUGUGAAAUAAUAUAACUCAAAAAUGAAGUAAUAUACUAGAUGGAAAACAAUAUUUAAAAUAAAUAACAAAAAAAAUGAAACAAACAAAUGCCAAAUUGCACACGAUGUUCGUUAACGAGUGUGAUGAGAUGACACAAAAGGCACUGCCACACCGGACCAAAUAAAAGCAUUGAACAAAAAAAGAAACUCAUAAGACACUCAGCAGCAGUAAAAAAAUGGCUAGUAUAUUACGCGAGUCAAAUACAAAUUUAGAAAAAUAAAUUGCUAAGUACAUGGUCCUACGAUGAAUAGAGCAGCGAUUUGAAAAUUAUUGACUCUUGAGAGGAGAAUCGUUUGAUCACUGAGUAAAAUUUCUCGCCAUAUAUUUAUAAAUUAAAAUUGAGCGUAACAGCGAAGUCCCAACCGACUCUCUUGCACUCAUUUUUAUUACUACUGUAUUACCAGAUGUUUUUCUCAGUGAUGAUACUUGAUGAUAUAAAAAAAAUGUUUGCGACAAUUAUUGACGGCUUUUGAAUGAUAAUUAAUGAUUAGUAAGAUCUUCGAAGUUAUAGUGAUAUAUAUUAUAUAUAUUAUAUGAUGAUUCAUUAUAAGACACGAAAGAAAGAAAUAGGAUGACGCGAGGUCAAAGCAUUCUUGUAUAAGUACACCGAUAUCUUAAAAAAAAUAGUAGCUGUAAGCCUAACGAUUGUGAGGCCGUGGAUUUGCAGGGAGCAAAAAUCGGACCGUAGCUCAAUGGAAACUUAAUCAAAACAACAACGGAAAAUCGUUUCCCAAUCACACAUAGAUGUACGAGAUAUUUUUCACAGAUACGUCUUCGUUGUAUUGUUUAAACCGGACAAGGGAAUGAUUGUAUUUAUUGUUAAUUAUACGCGCAAUUUUGAAAAACAACGAGAAAGUGACGAGCCUCGUGUUUGAUUGGUUUUUUUCGACUCUGGAUAAGAAAAGGAAUUACAGAAGCAAAUCCACGGUCUCGUUAUUUAAACAUUACGUAGGAUGUUUUUGAUGUCUUUGACUAUAAUUAUUCAAGUUUGUACACACGCACAAGUGACUCUUACACUUAUACGACUUAUUAAAUAAAAAAAAGCAAAAAAAAAAUAAACAAAAAAAACAGUGACACGAUCGAAACAUUAAAUGUAAAGGAAUAAAAAAAAAACGUAAAUGGUAACAAUCGAUAAAAAAAAAUCAGCAAAAAAAUAAAA